AUGCAGGUUUCAAAGCAUCAUCCACGGCACAGAUCAGCUACCUCUGAUCCGUUCAACGACCCAUCCAACAUCUCGUACUCUGCCUACGGCGUCCCCACACUAUCCAGGAACGCCCCUCCCGCUGCUCUUCCCCGCCAACCACCACCUCCCCCGCCUAAGGUCGUUGCUAAGCCGCACUCCGCCCAGCGCCAGUACCCUCCCUCUAGCAACCGCCAGAACAUCAUGGAGGCCGUUCGCGACACCGUCACCGUCCGCGGCAGCACAGAUCAGGCCCCCCGCACUAGAAUGGGUCGGAGUCAAACUGAGCUCCCUCCUCCCACCAACGUCCGUCCCGCACCUCCUCCAAUUUCCCGUCGCUCCCAGUCCCAGGACUCCGUUGCUCGGGCUGCCAACGCAAUGGAGAAGAACAAAGCGUCCGGACGGCCACGUCCCAAGAAGGGCUCCUCCCACGCUGAUGUCAUCGACAGGCUAGACUUCUCCGGUGUUGGUCCCAUGUUCCAUCACGAUGGUCCAUUCGACGCCUGUGCCCCUUCCCGCAACCGUCACCGCACCAAGGCGCCAAUGCUAGCAUGGAGUGCGGCGACAGAGGCUGACAGAGAGGCCCUUGCUUCUGCCCGGGAGGUCCAGCCCCGUGGCUAUGAAUCGCCAGGCCCUUCGCCCGACAUCUACGUGCCCUACGAGGCCCCAAAGAAGAAGUAUGACGCAAUCGCGGAAGCCUGGGGUAUUCACGAGCCCGAGCCUUUCGAGGACUUCUCAGCUGGCGGCGGAGCUACUUCGCGGCCCAGCGGGGAAACCCCUAGGAGCCACGGCAACAGCUCCUCCAGGCGCACCAAGGACGGUCGUGACGCCCGCGAUGUGUACAGGGAAUACCUCGACGAGCACCACCCGUCUCCCGCUCGUCGUCAACCCACCACCAAGCGCGCAUUGCCCCCGCCCCAACCCAUCUUUGUUCCCGACAGCGAGCUCGACAACGGCAACAACCCGCCCUCGCCGACUGCUGGUGGCCCGGUUUCACCCGGUCUCACGCCCCGUCGUAACAAGUCCAUCAUGCAGCGAAUCCGGAAGAUGCGAGAUUCGCCGAAUGUCCCGGUAGGACAGUACGAUGAGGAUGACAGCCGCAGGCGCGAGGCGUCCCCCGGAGGUAAGACACACAUAACAACAGCGCGGGCCCCCUUCUCGCAAGGCCAGGCCCCUGCUCGACCUUUCCAUCGCUCACAAGUCUCAUCCCCAGGA